UCACUCAGCAUUGUUUUCCAGGUCUCCACCCACCGCCCGUGUUUGGCACUGAACCAUGGGGAGGAAGCUGGACCUGUCUGGCCUGACGGACGACGAGACGGAGCAUGUUCUCCAGGUGGUGCAGAGAGACUUCAGUCUCCGCAAGAAGGAGGAAGAGCGUCUCAGCGAGAUGAAGCAGAAGCUGGAGGAGGAAGGCAGCAAGUGCAGCAUCCUCGCCAAGCAUCAGAACUUCGUGGAGCACUGCUGCAUGCGCUGCUGCGCACCCUUCACCUUCCUGGUCAACACCCGGCGCCGCUGUGGGGACUGCAAGUUCAAUGUCUGCAAGGGCUGCAGCUCCUUCCUGAAGCGUGAGAAGGCCUGGGUCUGCUGUGUGUGCCAGCAAGCCAGGCUCCUGAGGACGCAGUCCCUGGAGUGGUUCUACAGCAACGUGAAGAGCCGCUUCAAGCGCUUCGGCAGUGCCAAGGUCCUCAAGAACCUGUACCGCAAGCACCGGCUGGAGUCCGGCGCAUGCUCUGAUGUCCUAGGAGGAAGCUUUUUUGAGUCCCACCUGGAGAAUGACAGAAGCAUCUCGGGCAGUGACUCCACCUUUCACCGGCAGUCAGAAGGACACAGCAUGAUGGACACCUUGGCCGUAGCCCUGCGCGUGGCGGAGGAGGCCAUCGAGGAAGCCAUCUCCAAGGCGGAAGCCCACGGGGACAGCCUGGACAAGCAGAACGAAGCCACGUACCUGCGGGACCACCGAGAAGAGCUCACCGAGGAGCUGGCUGCCACGAUCCUGCGGAAGAUCAUAAGGAAACAGAAGAGCAGGAGCGAGCAGACCCCGGAGGAGGAGCCCACAUGGCCGCAGCCACGAGGCCGCAGCGCAAAGGCCAGGGACGAGGGCGGCACGGCACCUCUGGGAGACCGCAGGGCACCCGCAGCGCUCUGGAGGUCCCAGUCUGCGUUCUUGUUCCCCGGAGGAGACACCAAGAAGACCGUUUCCCUGGAGGCUGCGGGGAGGCAGUGUCCCGGGAAGCCGUGUGCCCUGCCCAGCUGGAGGAGCGUGGACGGGCUGGACGGAACAAGUGCAGCCGCCGUUCUCCAGAGCCCCGACGGGAACUGGGUGGCCCUGAAGGGUGGCGCAGCAGCUCCUGCAUGCCUGCUGGCCUCACGGAAGAGUGCAACCCUGCUGACCUUGGAGGCACCAUCCCGGGCAGCGUCUGCUUACGAGGAGCUGGGCUCCGACAGCGAGGAGGACUUCAGCUGGAGUGCGGCCUUGAGCAAGCUGUGCCUUCAGCCCCGUGGUGAUGCGCACGGCCCCCCAGCCACCUCUCCCUCUGCAAGAGCCUCCCCCAACCCCGAAGCCAUGGGCUCCGACUCUGAGACGUCCUCUGCAGGCUCCUCGCGGGAUGCAAGGCGCCGAGCCAGGCUCUCCUGGCAACCCAGGAAGGCCCCCUGGAGCCCCGCAGCCGAGAGGCUGCGCCUGCAGGGUGACCUGGACGUGAACUUCAACCCGCAGGCUGCCAGCGGGGACACCUCGGACAGCAGCGAGCCUGAGGACGCCCCACAUGCAGCGGACUGGCGGGCCAGGCGGUGGCGCAGGGCGCGCCUGGACCCCGAGGAGCAGUGUGCCCCCAACACCUGCACCCCGGACCUGCCCACCCGUCAGGUGCCCAGUGACUUAUCGGAGACGGACCUUAGCAACGAGGCUGCAGACUCCCGGACCAGCGUGGACACGGCCGAGGAGACACGGAGGAGCCGGCUGUAUGAGUUAGCCAUGAAGAUGAGCGAGAAGGAGACGUCUUCUGGGGAGGACCCCGAGUCUGAGCCCAAGACAGGGCCGGGGCACCAGAAGGAGGGCCUGUCUCCGGGGGACACGCAGAGCGUCCAGGACGAGCUGAGGAAGAAGUUUUCUGCUGUUUCUCUCUGCAACAUCUCCACAGAAGUCCUGAAAGUCAUCACUGCCACGGAGGAGCUGAUCGCAGAGUCCACGGGGCCCUGGGAGCUCCCGCCAGUCCCUGCUGACAGAGAGGAGCAGACGUUUCCUCUCGGGACUGACCGGGCAAGGCUGGAGGAGCAGCUGACCUCCCUGGAGGAGAACGUGUACCUGGCGGCCGGAACGGUGUACGGGCUGGAGGGCCAGCUCACCGAGCUGGAGGACGCCGCCCGCAGCAUCCACAGCGGCACCCAGGACGCCGAGCUGGCGCAGCUGGAGGACCAGGUGGCCACAGCCGCUGCGCAGGUGCACCACGCGGAGCUGCAGAUUUCGGAUAUCGAGAGCCGGAUUUCAGCCCUGACCAUCGCAGGCUUAAACAUAGCGCCCUGUGUGCGUCUCACAAGGAAGCGGGAGCAGAGGCGCAGGAGCCAGGUGCAAACCAUAGACACCUCCAGGCAGCAGAGGAGGAGGCUGCCUGCCCCACCCGUGAGAGCUGAAAAAACUGAAGCAUCCUCAGUGACCCCCACUAAAACAUUCAACCGCAACUUCCUCCUCCAAGGCGCCUCGACCAGCAGGCCCACAGAGAGCGGCGUGCGGGAUCUGAUGGAGCCGGCCCUAGAGUCCGCUGGGAUGUACUGACGCCAUGGAGCACACUGCCAGUGACCACUGCCCGGCCUACACGACAGUGCCUUGACCAACAGCCACGAGCCCUCCCGGGAGAGGCCCAGGAGGCCACAGUGAGGCAACGCAGGGCUUCAACCCCUCGCCGAAGGCCGCUGCGGACCCAGGCUGCUGUCUGCCGCUCAGCCCCAGGCUCUGGAUCCAGCCCGGCACCGGCGCUGGCCUCCACCAUGCGCUCCAUCGGAGAGGUGUCUCUUCACUGUCUGCUUCGCUGCUGUGUUGUCUUUGAAAUCUUCUUUCUUUUAUCCUUUGGUUCGGUAGAAUUCUGCGUCCAUGACUGUCCCCUGGAAAGUUGUUGGAGGGGAGGGAGCAGGCACUGCCACUUAACUCAUCCCCAGUGCUUACUGAUUGGCCGCAGACAGCUUGCUCUAACAGAUGCCAGGGAGAGUGAGGAGGCCCCUGUGCCGAGCCCAGGGCCGGGUGACCAGCAGCCCACGCUCAGCUGUCGCCCUCGGGCUGUGAGUGCCGCGUGGCUCGCUUCACCGCUCCCAGUUUCAGCUGGGACUGAAGGCCCAACUCACCCACGCCUGCCCAGGCCCGGCCGAAACACGUCCCGCGGAGGUUCAGGCUCUUGCAGGGCUUGGGACAGGGUGCGAGGACACCGCCAUUAGCCCUUCCUGAGGGCCCCGUCGGGAGUCACCACGGCGAGUCCAUGUAGCUGUGACCACACCUAAAGGGGGUCGGGUAAACAGCACAGAACCAACGUGAGAACAGUUUAUCCUCCAAAAUUAUGUCUCAGCUAGUAAUCGGCAAGGUAGCAAAAUACCUUCAAGACAAAAGUAGAAAAGGAAUAGUACCCCUCAAAAUCCUACAGGUAGGGAGAAACAAGGACCCUGUGGACGUACGGGGCCCACGGAAGGACGGUGUGGUCUGUGCACCGGCUCAGAUGCGUGAGGAGGGAGUGUGUUCACUCCAUUAAUUGGGUGUUAGCAACAUUUUUAAACGCUUGCUCGGGAUAGGCUGUAACUCUGAAGAAGGCAGAGAAGGGGCAAAGGAACAGGGAGUCGUGCUGAUCAGGUACAGCCAGAAGGUGGCAGCGUUCUCGCUUUGAUCCUCAACCCUCCCAGCAGGUAAACCCACUUCUCAGAUUUGAAAACCAAAGCCCUGAGCGGUCAGUUUCUCCUGGUGCCACACCUGUGAGCUCAGCGAGCUGGGUUGCCUCACAAAAAAGGCACAAAAGCCUGGCUUUGCUUCCAGACCCUGUUGUUUUGCCCCCCGUGCACCCCCAGACCUGAGCUGCUGCCAGUGUGUGAGUUACGUUCUCCAGGUCUGCCCAUCUGCCGAGAAUGCUUCUUGCUCCCGCUGUGUACGUGUGCCCCUGCCGAAGUGACUCCUGAGCAAGUAAACCUUCGGCUUUUGUGUUCUGUUGGUGUGAUUCAAAGCAAAGCAAAACAAAACACUUGUUUUAAAAACACAACAAAAAAAGAUUUGACUUCCAAACAGAACGUUUUCUUUAAGAAGCAUGAGAAGCAGCUGAUGCUGUGUCACAGUGUUAAAAUACUCAGUGUCCUUGACAAAAGAUGUGUACUGUGUAAGCCUUGCAAAAAAGAAAAAAGAAGCCUGCUCUGUGGCAUUUGAAUUUUUAUAAAGGUUUCCUUGUGCCAAAUAAGUGCAAAGAUUUAAUUUACUAUUUAAAAACCAUAAGCAUAUGUUAUAAUUCCAGAAGAAUUAUUUUGUCACCAAGUGAUUUUGAUCUUUAGUGUCAAUAUUUAUAUUUAAAUUAAUUUUUAUAAAUGAAAAUAUUUUAGAGGUUUAAGAAAAUAAGGCUGAUAGGACAAUAUCUCUGAUGCCUUCUGAGAGUCAUGCUUGCCUUUGCGUAUGUGCACUGUCAACAAAAAUGAUGAAGAAGUAAAGUCAUUUAUGAGAA